AUGACAAAUGAUACAGGUUUACAACAAGCAUUUGGUCAUAUCAACUCUGGCUUGUCCUUGCCUGGCUUCUUCAAUGAAAAGGUUCUUUUUCCAAGCUUGGAGGAAUUGAAGCUUUCUUCCAUGUGCCAAUUAAAGAGGAUAUGGCACAGUCAACUCCACGGACAGUCCUUCUACAAACUUGCAUCCCUCACUGUUGAACUUUGUGAAAAUUUGUCACAUGUUUUUUCGUCAAAUUCAAUGGAUAUGUUGCAGAGCCUGAAUAAAAUUAAGGCAGUCGGGUGUCCCUCCUUGGAAGCAUUAUUUGAACCCAUAAAUCUCAGAGCUGAGAAAAGGCAAAAGCCGUUGGUCCUCCCUGCAUUAAGAGAAUUGACGUUGUUGAAUCUAUCAAGGCUGAGAGACAUUUUGGAGAGUGAUUGCAAAGUCACCUUGGCAUUUCCUAGUCUGAUGGAAGUGAACGUAAAGGGUUGUCACAGUUUGCCAUAUCUCUUCUCAAGUGCCAUGGCUGAAAUUCUCGAUAAACUUGCGGUGCUUGAUGUUUCCUGUUGCAACAACCUACGGGGCAUAAUUGCGAUGGAAGAAGGAAAAUGGAAAACCUUAGAGACUUUGAAGUUCCAUCAGUUAAGCACACUCAAGCUUGGUGACCUUGAGAAUUUGAUCAGUUUCUGCUCAGUGAGUUGUGCUAGUGAUGGGUUACAACCUCUAUUUGAUGAGAAGCACCAUUACGUCUUUCGCAAUCCCAUAGAGCUGGACUUGGCAUGCUACCAUGAUGAGAAUGUCACUUUCCCCUCCAACUUCCUCCUUCACGGAUUCCCCAAUCUAGAAGUGCUUUCUCUGUCCUGUAGUUCCUUUGAGGAGAUAUUUCCAGAAGAUGCGUGUGGACAUGGGGGAGCAACUUUCUAUGGAGAGUCAACUGACAUGGAAACAUCUCUCAAGACACUCAAAAAUCUGUGGCGACUUGAGCUGAAUAAGCUGUGUAAACUCCAACGAAUCUGGAAAGAUGGCUCCUUGAUGGCUGAAAUCCUUAAACAGAUUGAAACUCUGCUCAUUUCGGAGUGCUCAAGUUUAUCAAUCGUACUUCCAUCCCCAACUACAUUCCAGAGAUUGGUGGGAUUAGAAGUAGGGGAUUGCGCUAGUUUAGUUCAUAUGGGGACUUGCUCAGCAAUGACAAGUCUGGUGCAUCUUAUUUGGCUAACGCUAAGAAAUUGCGAUACAAUGGAAGACGUGGUAACAAAUGAUGGAAAUGGAGUAGGGGAGAUCUCUUUCCCCAAGCUGCAGCUGUUGACACUUGAUGGUUUGCCAAGCCUUGAGAGCUUCUCCCCCACUAAUUGCACCUUCAUGUUCCCAUCAUUGUGGCAUAUUAUUGUGAAGCAGUGCCCAAAGAUGAAUAUAUUCUGCAAUGGUGCCUUGAGUACACCAAUAUUACAUAAAGUACACCUCUCCGACGAGGAUUAUGAAGGACGUUGGGAGGGGGAUCUUAAUACCACAAUCCAAUUCUUAUCAACAUGA